CAAAAAUAAAAAUAACAGAAGACAAGAAUAAAAAUAUAGUAGUUGUCACUAAAACUUGUGACUCUAAAAAUAAGUGUCUUUUUCUUUAUCAUUUCCUUCUCUCUUCCCCUAUAUAUAUAUAAACCUAAACAUAUUCCACUUACCAUCAAAAUUCACCAACUCUCUCUUCUUUAUCACAUAAAACCUAACUCUUUUCUACAAAACUAUGGAAAAUGAAGCUACUACUGUUCAGAAAAGAAGAAGCUUAUCAACUAUAGCGAUGCACAAACAAUCAAGAACACUAACCAAAUCGAAGCCCAAGAUCCGAAUCAUCCACAUAUACGCACCGGAGAUCAUUAAGACCGACGUCUCCAACUUCCGUGAAACCGUCCAAAAACUCACCGGAAAACCAGAUCAUCAUGAUCAUCACGACCUCCCCCACCACCAAAAGGGUCUUAAAAGAAACCCUACGUCUAGAGGAAGUCAUGAUCAUCAUGAUCAUCAUCAUCAAGUCAAUGACAUGAGAAAGAGCCAUGGAAUCUGCAUAAACUCAGAAGUUGAGUAUCAAGAAGAAGAAGAGGAAGAAGAAGAGAUGACAUCGAUGUCGUGGAACGGCAAUGGCAAAGAGAGCUCCGGUGGGUUCUUGAACGGCUUAGGAGAUUUCGACGGCCUCAUUCAUGAGCUAGGCGAAUUUCCUUAUUUGCCCUUGACUAUUGAUCCUUCCGUUGCUUUUUCUUCUCCGCACUUACAUGGCGGAGUUUACGCAGAAUCUCACCAAUUCGCCUAAUUUUUCCGAAACGGAUGCAUUUUUUUUUAUGCUACUCUUUAAAAAUAGGUUAAGUUUAAAUAAAUUUUCAUAUCUUCUUUAAUAUACGAGAGGCUAG